AAUGACAAUCAUUUUUGCCAAGUAAGCAUGAAUGCUUUCAGUGAUAUGCGAUUACUUAAUGGUUGCCUCACUGUAAUUAUUGUCAUUGUAAUGAUAAAGCGGUCGAGAUUAGCCAUUUUACAAGCGAAUGACGUAGAGAAUUGGGCGAUAAUUCUUGGUGAAGAAAUUCAAGAAAUAUUCAACGAUGCAACAAAGCAGAGCGAUAUUAUUGAGAUGUAUAAAAGCCAUGCUCAAGCAGAGAUAUUCGAUCCGCGUGUAGAACUUAAGCGAGCAAAACACAACAUCGAAAGUUAUCUGAAGCGAAGAGCCAAAGCCGCUUGGGAUGCAAAGAUCUCAUUAGAGUCACGGAUACUGUCAAAUUUAAGCGAAAAUCAAUUGAAUGAUCCAUUAUCGAUGAAUUUUAUUCAAUUUAUGUCAGCCAAAACUGGUAGUGAUUCAGCACGUGUAUAUGCACAUGGCCACACUGGUCAAAUUACUGAAGUAAACAGUACACAUGUACUAAAUCUGACAGCUAAUGCGAAUCUUUAUGGUAUUGGAACAAGUUCAGCGAUGUCUGCGGUGCACAUUCCUACACCUGUAUACGAUAGAAAUGUAGAUGUUUUAUUAAAAAUUGAUUGGUCAAAUAUCGACCAACUUUAUCGUGCAAAUCGCGAAGAAACUCGAGACCUUGCUUUCCAAAUGUUUUGCUCAGAAUCCGGAUUUAUGCGUUAUUAUCCAGCAACACUAUGGACGUGGGACAAUAAAGGCGAUGGACUGGAUUUAUUUGACUGCAGAAGCACUCCGUGGUACAUUAAUGGUGCAACUUUAUCAAAAAAUGUUGUCAUAAUGGUUGAUAUGUCAGGAUCGAUGCUCGGUCAGCGAUUUGAAAUUGCUAAACAGACUGUCGAGGCAAUUUUGGACACCUUAUCUGACAAUGAUUUUUUCAAUAUUAUGCCGGUAUUACUUAUUUUUUCAAUAUUUUUAUUUCGAAUGCGAAAAGUGCUGGGAAUUUUCUAUAAGUGUUUAUUGGUUGAAUUUAAAUUUUCAAAAAAUGUACGAUUUCUCGAUGAAUGUGCUGAAAAAGCUGGCCUUGUACAAGCAACAGUACGAAAUAAAAAAGUUAAAAUCUUUCUUAUUUCUUAUAUUUUAACGAAUUCAGCGCGGCAACCUGAAUCAUUAUUCUGA